AUGAGUUAGAUGUUCCUCAGAGAUCUCCUAAGUGGAGUAAACAAAUACUCCACUGGGUUUGGGUAGAUCUGGCUGGCUGUUAUGUUCAUCUUUCAGUUGCUGGUCUAUAUGGUGGCAGCAGAGCACGUGUGGAAAGAUGGGCAGAAAGAGUUUGAGUGUAGCAUCAGAUGGCCUGGCUGUGAAAAUGUGUGUUUUGCCUACUUCUUCCUUGUGUUCCAGGUCACACUCUGGGCUUUUCAGCCGAUUGUGGUCUCUAUGCCUUCACUUCUGGUUGUGCUGCACCUCACCUGUGAGGGGAGAGAGAAAAGCCACAGAAGGGAACUCUGAGUCAGCCCUGCAGGACAGGGCCUAUGGUGAACUUACCUUAUCAGCCUCACCAUCAGAACUGGUUUUGAGAUUGACUUCCUUGUUUUAUUUUACAAGCUGUAUGAUGGCUUUCCUGUCCCCUACCUUGUGAAGAGUGAUCUGAGGCCUUGCGCCAACUGCUUCAUCUCCAAACCCACUGAGAAAACCAUCUUCAUCCUCUUCUUGGUCAGCACCUCAUGCCUGUGCAUUGUGCUGAAUUUCAUUGAGCUGGCUUUUUUGGUUCUCAAGUGCUUUAUAAAGUGCUGUCUUUAAAAAUAUUCUAAAAAACCCAAGUUCUCAGUUUGUGAGUGCCACCACCUCAGAUACUUUGAGUGUUGUGACACAGAGGCUCCUCCAGGUUCAGAAUCACCACUGGCCAUAAGCACAUCCCAGCAACCUGGAGCCAGGCUGCUUUGUGGUACAGAAGAAAGUGGUGUAAACAGAGCCCACCCUCCCACACAGGCCCUGCUGGGCUGAGAGACCAAGGGUGUCAU